CGAAACGAAAACGGAAGCUUUCUUUGCUUCGUUGAAUCCUCUUCAAACUCCACAUUCGCCCAUCGCCAUCCCCGGGACAUUCGUAAAUCGAUCGCAAUGCAAUUCCUCACAGCAGCUAAGCUGCUGCUCUCGGCCAGCUUGUUCGGCGCCGCCGCCGCUCACAACAUCGUCCUUCCCGCCCACGGCCGCGAAUGCUUCCACGAGAACCUCCAUCGCGAUGACAAGAUGACGGUGACCUUCCAGGUCGGCGACCGCGAGUUUGGCAGCGCCGGUAACCUCGACAUCGAUUUCUGGAUCACCAACCCCCUAAACCAAUACGAGACCUUUGAAAAGUCCAUAUCCAACGGCGAUUUCUCGUUCGAGGCCAAGCACGACGGCAAGUAUGUGUAUUGCUUCGGCAACGAGCACUGGGGCGCCAACACCAAGGAGGUUUCGUUCAAUGUGCACGGCAUCGUGUACAUUUCCGAAGCGGACGCGCCCCAGGACCCACUCGAGGUUGAGGUGCGCAAGCUGUCGGAGAUGUUGGAGAUGGUUAAGGACGAGCAGAGCUACAUUGUCGUGCGCGAGCGCACCCACCGUAACACGGCCGAGAGCACCAACGCCCGCGUCAAGUGGUGGAACCUGUUUAUCGUCGGCGUCGUGGUGGGCGAGUCCCUGUUCCAAGUCUGGUGGUUGAAAAGGUUCUUUGAGGUCAAGCGGGUUAUCUGAACUGGACCCCGAUACUGCCUCCCCAUCGGAUGGAAUACUCCCCCCCCUUCAUCAAUAACAACAACAAUUUCAUAAUACUUAAGCCGCUUUAUUCCACAAGUUGCUUUGGGAACCAUUCAUAUUUGGGCGCUUGGAAUGGGUCAGCCGGAUGGGGAUACGAAAACAAAUGAUAUGAUAAUGGAACUGCCUACUACAUGACGACG